AUGGCUCUCGACAAGACUCUCGAGUCGAUCUUACGUGGCGAGUGCUCUCAUCUCGGGAGCCAGUUCAUAUCACGGGGCGCUUCUUGCGUGGCAGCACAGCCAAGUGGACGAAAACUGUUCGCCAAGAUCGAUGAUGCGGUCGAGCAGACCCUUGGAGAAGCGGAAAGCCUGAAAGCGAUGGGCUCAGCCCUGAGUAGCGACGACGACGGUGGUGCGGAGGUCAGGCUGACACCAGAAGUGCACGCAUCGGGAAAGGCCGCCGACGGGCGAGCCUACCUGAUCACCGACUAUCUGGAGCUGAAGUCGUCGAUCAACAAGGCCGGGCAAAAGAGACUGGGAAGCAGGCUGGCCGAAAUGCACAAGAAGGGCAUCAACCAGGAAGGUCGCUUCGGCUUUGGGGUAGCCACCUACUGCGGGGUGACGAGGCAAGACAACAGCUGGAACAUAUCUUGGCCGAAGUUCUGGGCGGACCAAAGAAUUGGUGACCUGGUGAGACGAAUCAAUGCCGAGCAGAACGACGCCGAGCUAAAGGACCUGGAAGAACAGAUGCGAAGCAAGUGCGUGCACAACCUGACACCUUCUUCUGACGACAAUGCAACUCGCUGA